AUGACAAUGGCAGACUCUUUUUGGAAAGAUGUAAAAUGUGUCCACUGCUCUAAUCCAGUAGAGAAACCUGUUCAGUUACCUGUCUGCCUUCAUAUUUUGUGCCUUGAAUGUGAAAAUAAAAUAGCCACGGCAUACAAGAUCUGUUGCCCUAAGUGUCGUUCAGAGAAUGCCAGACCUGAGAUCCUGCAGCUGAUCUCAGGUGUAGAACACGUGUCUGGAGAGAUCAUGUUUUGUGACAACUCACAACAACAUGGCAUUGCAAAGUGGUUUUGUUUUAACUGUGGUCAAAAUCUGUGUGGCUCUUGCCGCCUGUCUCACUUGAAAGACCAUACAAUCCACCUGUUAACACAACCCCAGGCCUUGAGAAAUAGAAUUUGGGAACAGCGUGAUGAUGUCCAGGAUGCUGCUGCAGCUGCCCGAGAAGAGGUUCAUCCUCAGAACACCACGGUGGAUACACUUCGUUGCCCCGUGUGCAGUCACACAAGCUGCCAACAUGUGGAGAAAUUGCAGCAACUCCUUAGCUAUCAGGCCACUGUCAGUGACUGUGAACAGGAAGGCCAUGUUGACAAGGAGUUAAAGUACUUCUGUAAACAAUGUUGGAUUCCAGUUUGUGGAGACUGCAGUUUAAAAGGUAAGCACAAGUUACAUGAAUGUGACGACAUAAGCACGUGUGGCCAGGAGUUUAUCACCAAAUCAUUGACUACUUUGAAAGAUAAAUUACAAAUGCUAAUAGAUGCAUCAAGACAGAAUGUAGACAGAACAGAAAAUGAUGAAAAACGGCUCAGCCAGCAUGUUAAUGAUACAGACAGAGAACUUAAUGCCAGAAAAUGCAAAAUUCUUGAAGAGACAGAGCAAGCUUUUGACAAGGCUAUCAAAGAUGCAGAACUACAAGGUCAAAAUAUCCUAAUGGAUUACAGAGAAAAACAAAACUUAUUUAAGAGAUUUCAGGACUUUUUACUGAAAAUUGAGGAAGCAUUUGCUAAAUUCACAAUUGAUGGGCAGCAGCCAACAACUACACAGUAUGUUGCAGCUUUCCUUCUUCAGCAGCUUGCCUCAGAGUUAAUUCCCCAGAUCCAAGUUGAAUAUCAGAAGCUGGAAAGGCCUCAGGAAAGACAACUUGUUUUACCUGAAGUGGAUGCAGACUCAGUGACACCACCUCCACCUUUAGCUAGAGUGGGUACAGAAUGGAAGCAAAUGAAGUUAGCUUUUUCUUUCAAGUUUGAUGGGGAUUAUUUUGUUAAGAGCAUUAUUUUAACAGACAAUGAAACAUGUCUGUUGUCAACCAAGAGCCUUACAGGACGUUCACAGUACGAUUCCAUUGUACAGUAUCACUACAACAGUCAAAAAAACAGAGCAGAAUCUAAGGUCUAUGAUACUGAGCCAG